AUGAAUAACAAACAAGACAUUGCCAACUGUAAAUUCUGCAAAUUCAGGUAGAUCAGAAUUAUGGAGAAGGAGAUACAUGAAAAGAAUAGAUACUUUGAGUAGUUCAACUUCUACUUUGCUAAGCCGAUAACAGAAAUAUUAGCAAAUGUUCCUGUGGAUCAUGUCAUUCUGUUUAAAGACUAAUUGUACUUGCAUGAUGAAAACGAAUAUAUGAAGCGGUUUUAUUAAAGGGAAGAGUAAGAUCCGAGGUUAAAUUUACUUUGCAAUUUCUACUUUGAGUAACAUAAAAUGAUAUAACCAAAUCUAUGUAAAGUUAAUGCUCAUAAGUUUAUGGAGAAGAGAUAGAAUAAAUUGCUAAAAUUACAAUAAAAAGCAUAAAAUAGUUAGAACCAACAACCAAUUACUAAGAAGAUGAUUCCAGAUCAUAUUUUUAGUGAAAAUUAUGUUGAAUCCGUAUCUGAUUCCUAUCCGAAGGAACAAAUUUCUUGGGACAGCAAAUCUCAUAAUAUCUAUGAGGUAUCAUAAGUUGAAGCAUAGAAAUCAAUACCAAUCAACAAACCAACAUAAUAAUGCUAAUGUUCAAUUGUCAAUAUAUCUGGAGAUCAUAACAAAUUGUUUAAUUGUUAAAAUGACCAAGAACUAGAUAAUGUCUUUAAUGAUCUAAAUGGAUAAACAUCAAGGAAUUUGUCAGCUGUAACUAAGGUUCCACUUAAGAAGAAACCCCCCUCAAGUUCGAAUGCUAAGAAGAACCCUCCAUCUCAAUUAUCUCAAUAGCCUAAGAUACCAGUUCCCCCUUUGAAACUACAAGAAAGUGCCAAAUCUUCAACUACAGCAUGUCCAAAUAAUAACAAAUCCACGAGCAUCCAAUCAUUAAUGAAGAAAUACGAUCAAAUAUUACAAAAGCGAUUCUAAGUCAAGGAAAUACUCACAGAACGCAAUGACACUCGCUAUGGUCCAGGUUAUGGUACAAGCUGUGGUGUUGGUACUGUUAGAGGUGAAGGUGGAUCAUCAAAAAAGCAAAUAACAGAUGAAAUGCUGCUUAAACUUAUUUAAAAUAUGAAGAAAUCCAAAAAUAAAUCUGAUAACUACCAAUUUCAUGCAUCAUACAAGAGUGUCGUCUAAUAAGCAUAAAGUGGACCCACUCAAUCAUGUACAUUUGAGAAGGAAAAUGAGAAGAAGAAAAAAUAUCAAGUUUAUUUGCCGAAAUAGAUAAAGAAGAAUCCUUCGCAGAUGUCUUCACCCACCACUGUUUAGAAUACUUGUUCUCCUUCUAUGUUGUUGAGGUCACUAUCAAAUCCAUCGAUGGCUCCUUCACCGUUGCGGAGACUGGAAAUAAAAGUCAAUCUUAAUAAGAAAUUGGGUAUUGGACUUAAAGAUGCAAAGUUCGUUGAGUUUCAUUUAGUCGAUUAGUUGAUUAAAAUACAAAUUGUGUUUUAUAAAUUUAUUUUAAUAUACUAACUACCUUAAAAUCAAAUUAAGGAUGAGCAUUAAUUAUGCCUGUAAUGUAUUUUAGCCAUAUUUAAAGAGUUAAGAAAAUCCGGCAGAAGACAAUCCGUAAACACAGACUUCAUGCAAUAUCACAAACUAUCUUAAGUAUUUAAUUGUGAAGUAUAUAAGGAUAAGACUUUCACAGAAUCCUUUCCCGUAUCGCUUCAAAGAACUAAACCCAACUUCAAGAAUCAACUAUCCGAUGAUCAUUAAAUUGACUUCAAGAAUCACCCAUUUACAUUUUAGGACAAGAUCAAUUAGAAAACAGAAGUAACCAAAAAGAAAUUCGUGUUUGAUGAGCAUCAAUCAACCAAACAAGGAGAGUUUAAGAAUUUUAUGAGUGCAAUGGAUGAUUAUAUUAACCUUUUAAAUGAAAGUUCUGAUUGCUUAACUUUGAAUUCAGAAAAUUACAGUUAGUUAGAAAACAUCCUAUUUGCCAAAUUCAACAUUAUCAGAUAGAAACACGAGGAGUUGAACAAAAAAUACAAGAUGGCAUAAUAGAAUUUUAAAGCUCAAAGAUACUAAAAUUAGUUACUCAAAAAGUAAAUUGUGGAGAUUCAUUCUUUAUUGGAAGAGGAAAGAUAGAAAAAUUAUGUGUUGUAAGAUGCCAACGAGAAAUUGAAAAAGAAGUAUAGAGAUUUAUAAAAUAAAACGCAAUUUGUUCAAAAUUCAUUUAUUUAAGAUAGAAUGAAAUUCGAUCAUAAACGAUAGAAUUAAUUUUAAUAAAGCAUAUCAGUAGAUGAAACUGAUAGAGGUACAACAUAGCAAACUUAUGAAACAAAUGAUGAUUAAUAAAAUGUAACUAAAUUCUUAAAAACUUAAAUGCGAAAAUUGAGAUAGAACAAUUAAUAAAUUGAUGAUUAUUCUCGUCUAUAUAAAAAAAUUAGUGAACAUAAUAAUGAUGACUUUUGA